GAAUGAUGACAACUUUGUCAGGAAUGAAGUGGAUCCACAGAACCGCUGGACAAUUUCCUGGGCAGUUACACGGGAGGGUCAGGGCUUCAUUCACCAUCGAUUCUGUGACGAUGAAGGCUUGGCACUGUGGCAUCAGCAGAGUAAGUGCUGGCCCCUGCCUGGCCACCCCUAUGAAAAAUCCCUGGCUCCACCACUGGCAGACAGAAUGUCAAGGAAAGAAAGGAUCAAAAGAAAAAAACACAAGGAACUCUCUGAUGCAGCUAAAGGUAGCAUCCCUCUCACAAGUUGGCUGAGGAAUAAAGAUGAAGAGAGCUGCAGUUCAGAUAAGGAAAGUAUUGAAGAGAUUCAAUGGAAAGCAGUUGAGACAAGUGAGAAGGAUGAAGGAGAUGUUAGAGCCGAUGAGGAAGAAAGUGAGGAAAUACAAGGAGACAUUAAGCUCAGUGAGGAAGAGGAAGAGAUGGAAAGGGAGGUACAAGAAGAGAUGAGUCAAGAAAAGGAUAGAGAGAUAACAGAGGAAGGAGCUACAGGAGCAGAUAUUGAAUACCAGAUUCAGGGUACAAGUGAACAAGACAUUAACCAAUCCUUGUUGGCCUUACAGUUUGCAAGAGACCCAGCUCAUGUUGAUCAGCUUAAAAUACAGGUUAAUAGCGACUACAUACAAUUCUGCUGCUCUCUUGGGCCAUGUCAGCCAGUAGCUGGCUUUCCAAAAAAUCCACAAGGAAUCCUAAAGUGCCUAAAAGACAAGGAGAUUGAGUCUGUUUUCCCCUCUCUUUCUGAACUCCUAAAAAUGUAUGCAACAUUGCCUGUCUCCACUUCUACAGUUGAGAGGUCAUUUUCUAAGUUAAAACUUAUGAAAUCCAGUCUUUGAUAUCUGUGUAAUGAAGAGAGGCUUUCUGACCUACUGCUGCUCUCCAUUGAUCGAGACAUUCCAAUUAAUCGUGAAGUCAUUCAAAUAUUUAAAAAGACAGAAGAUGGACGAAUACUGAUUUAAAUACAGGUAAUUUCAUAAAUAAGUUAAAAUCUGUACAAAAAUACAUUUGGUUAUGUUUUUUGAAGUAAUAUUUUUGUCUUUUUUUAGUGCCCUUUUUGGUCCUUCCGCCCCUGCCCCACUGCAGGUCUGUGCAUGCCACUGGCCUCUCCCUCCGAUAGAAGUCCUAAAAACGGUCAUUGGCUGAAACGGCGGGUUGGGGAGGGACAAAACAGUCAGUUGGCCGAAACAUCCAUCCAUCCAUCCAUUCAUUUUCUACCACUUAUCCGGGGCCUGGUCAUGGGGGCAGCAGUCUAAGCAGGGACGCCCAGACCUCCCUCUCCCCAGACACUUCCUCCAGCUCUUCCGGGGGGAAUACCAAGGCCUUCCCAGGCCAGCCGAGAGACAUAGUCCCUCCAGCGUGUCCUAGGUCUUCCCCGGGGCCUCCUCUCGGUUGGACAUGCCCGGAACACCUUCCCAGGGAGGCGUCCAGGAGGCAUCCGAAACAGAUGCCCGAGCCACCUCAGCUGUCUCCUCUCGAUGUGGAGAAGCAGCGGCUCUACUCUGAGCAGUGUUGCCAGAUUGGACUAAAGAUUUCCAGCCCAAAUACAGCUUAAAACCCGCCCCUUUCAAAAAAUACCAGCCCAAAAUACAUACUGUUAUUAAAACUGUUAUAGAAUAAAACACACAAUUUUUUUUCUUAUUAAACAACCAGACUAACAAAUCGCACAUUGGAGAGCACCAGGCUCGCCCCAAGUAUAUCCAGUGCAUCUUUUUUUUUUAAUAUAAAUGAUAAUUUUAAUAAAACACAAGGUCUACAUCGGAAACAUCAGAAGGGGACAACAUUUUUUAUUGUUCUUGUGAUAAUAUUGUCAGAACUACAGUUCUUUUCUAAUAGGCCAAUUCUCAAAUCAUUUCAUUAUACUUUUCUUUUUGUAUUAGUAGGCUACUUACAAAUUUGUGCUUAAUUACCAACUAAUUAAUUUUUUUAUAUUAUUAUUAUUAAAAUUAUUAUUAUCAUUUAACUUAUAGACCACUGGGCGAAUCAACAUGAAUUCUCGUUUUUUCCUUCUUUUAAUUUUAAAUAAAAUAAUGACUGAAUGAUACACUGAAUCGUCACUCGACACUAUAACAGCUAUUACGUUUCAGAAAUGAUCAAACAUCAGAAUUGUACAUCAAAAUAAAACUGUAGGCUAAUAGCAUAAACACGCUUAACUUUUAAUAUGAAGUUAAUGUAGAUACUCCCUGCAGAACUGAUGAAAACGUCUUUAUUAUAGAACAAUUCUAGAACUAUUUAAUAAUAGGACCAACUUUGUACAGUCACAACCAGUUUGAUUAAGAGAUCGUUGAGUCAAAUCUCUCCAGCAACUACCUGGGAGGUUUGAAUGUUGUAAUCCAUGUUUUUAAAGACGGGUCGCUCUCACAUUCCUUUCUGUAGGACUUUUUAUAUUUACCCCACUUUGGCAUGAUGAUGAUGAAUGAUGAUGAUGAUGAUGAUGAUGAUGAUGAUGAUGAUGAUGAAUGAUGAUCACUGAUGAUGAUAAUACAGUUUUGACGAUAUAACGAAUUAGCCUACAACAACCCGCCAAUCAAGCUUGAAGUCUGAUUGGACAGGAUUCCCCUGAACCUUAUUGGCUAACCUGAACCAUACCUAAUUUAAACAUCAUCCUACAUUAUAUAAUUUAUUUUAUAGUUAGUUUUCAUUAAAAAAUAAUAAAGAAUACUGUUUAUAGUCAAAAAUAAAAACCCGCCUGUUGCAUCAAAAACCAGCCCAAAUUUUAAAGACCCGCCCAAUGCAUUUUUUUCCGGUCGGACGUGACCAAAAGGAGCCCAAAUGGGAGGGAACCA